GUGCCCACAACUACAAGCAGUGGCUCAGCUUGGCCCAUAUUUGUUUGUCGUUGUAAAUACUGGAUCUCAUUCUUUAGAUAAUCAGUUUCUCGCAGUCUGCCCACUACUUUGAUCAUAAAAAGCGGUGUAGAGAGCGAGAGAAAGAGAGAAGGAAAUGGCAACGCAAGCGCUGGUAUCAUCAUCAUCUCUUACCUCGUCAGUGGAGGUUACCAGACAGAUACUAGGAGCAAGACCACUCCAAUCUCCAAUUGGCUUCUCAAGAAAAGCUUCCUUUGCAGUAAGGGCAGCAGCCACUCCACCUGUUAAGCAAGGAGAUAGACCCUUGUGGUUUGCAUCCAAGCAGAGCCUUUCUUACUUGGACGGCAGCCUCCCGGGUGACUACGGAUUCGACCCUCUAGGCCUCUCGGAUCCUGAAGGUACAGGAGGAUUCAUUGAGCCCAAGUGGUUGGCCUAUGGCGAGGUCAUCAACGGACGUUAUGCCAUGCUGGGUGCAGUGGGUGCAAUAGCACCGGAGAUAUUUGGGAAGCUUGGCCUUAUCCCCCAGGAAACAGCCCUCCCUUGGUUCAAAACUGGCGUAAUUCCGCCGGCUGGGACGUACAAUUACUGGGCAGACAAUUACACUCUUUUUGUGUUUGAGAUGGCACUGAUGGGAUUUGCAGAGCACAGGAGGUUUCAAGACUGGGCCAAGCCAGGAUCCAUGGGCAAACAGUACUUCUUGGGGUUUGAGAAGUAUUUGGGAGGGUCUGGGGAGCCAGCCUACCCUGGGGGACCCUUGUUUAACCCUCUUGGCUUUGGAAAGGACGAGAAGUCGCUCAAGGACUUGAAGCUCAAGGAGGUAAAGAAUGGGAGGUUGGCCAUGUUGGCCAUACUGGGUUACUUUGUACAAGGUCUUGUGACAGGCGUUGGCCCUUUCCAAAACCUCCUGGAUCACUUGGCCGACCCUGUCAACAACAACGUCUUGACUAGCCUCAAGUUCCAUUAAGAGGACUAUUAUUAUACAUAAUGUCCCUUUGUUGUUUGGAACAACCAACCCAACCCCCCUUUGUAUCUCUCUCCCUCUCUCUCCCGCUCUCUCUCCCUCUUGUAACGCGAUGUUAGAUUAAUCUUACUUGUGAUCUUCCUGUAA